UCCGAUGUGAUGUGAGGCUGCAGAUGCAGGGUGAAGAGAGGGGAGGAAAUGCAACGGGAGGGCACACGGGGCGCUGACAGGCAGGGACACAGUGGAGGGAGAAGUUGAGUCUCAGUUACACACAACUUGAGAGAGUGAUCGGCUCAUCAUGCUGCCCUGGAGGAUGGCCAUCGUUGGGCUCUUCUACUGCUGCAUCAGAACAGGAGUGGCACGGUGUCGGAGUAAAGCUCUAUUCCCAGCUGCAAGCAGAGUAAGAAGAGGAGUGGCGAGUGCAGUCAACCCCACCUUCCACAGCUCCUUUGAUGAUGUCAAUCUGUUAUUUGAGAUCCUGCUGGCUGGCAUCCACUUUGAUGAUAGUGGAGCGUUUUCAGUGCAAGAUGCUGAGCUGGAUUCCCUCCUCAAGACAAGAAACCUGAAAGUCAUCUGCGAGGAGAUCGUUCCCAGGAAGCUAACAGAUGUAUUCAGGCUCAUCUCGGGCCUUUCGAAACACACUGGUCACCUGCAUCAGGACGAUUUUGAACGCACCCUGCUGACUAUGGUGUACACCGUGCAGGGGAUGGUCAACUCCACUACUGAACAACAACAAGACAUGUGGACCGAGUCUUUUGUUAGUUUGUACAAAGCCAUCAAGCAGGAUUUGACAGGGACAAACUGAGCAGAUACUGGUGCUGCU